AUGCGGGCUGCGCUGGUACUCACAGACCCACAAGAGCCGUCCUACAAGAGCGAGACAUUUACGCACGCGCAGACGGCGGCCCGGGGCGGUCGGGGGACUAACGACUAUAAAACAAUUGGCAAGAUAGGAGAGGGAACGUUCUCCGAGGUUGUGAAGAUGCAGAGCCUGAAAGAUGGAAACUACUAUGCAUGUAAGCAGAUGAAGCAGCACUUUGGAAGUAUUGAGCAAGUGAACAAUCUGCGAGAAAUACAAGCCCUGAGACGUCUGAACCCACAUCCAAAUAUCCUUGCCUUGCAUGAAGUUAUUUUUGACAGAAAAUCUGGUUCUCUUGCACUAAUAUGUGAACUUAUGGACAUGAAUAUUUAUGAGCUAAUACAAGGGAGAAGAUACCCAUUGGCAGAAAAGAGAGUCAUGUGCUACAUGUACCAGCUGUGCAAAUCCCUUGAUCACAUGCACAGAAAUGGAAUAUUUCACAGAGAUGUCAAACCAGAAAAUAUAUUAAUAAAGCAGAAUGUCCUGAAGCUCGGGGACUUUGGGUCUUGCCGAAGCGUCUACUCCAAGCAUCCGUACACAGAGUACAUUUCCACGCGCUGGUACCGGGCUCCUGAGUGUCUGCUCACCGACGGCUACUACACUUACAAGAUGGAUGUGUGGAGCGCCGGCUGUGUGCUCUUCGAGAUUGCCAGGGCAGCUGAGAAGCAAGCUCUGGGCGGCCGCAGCCACGCUUCCUUCCCUGAGUACCCUGCAACCCUGGGGCCCGCCAGCAACAACUGGCAUGCAGCCAGGGAGGCCCGGAAGCAGAAACAGUCUCUGAAGAACGAGGAGGCCCUUCCCCAGAGACGAGGCCCGGCCUACUUCACGCAGCUGCCCCCGCUCAAGCUCUCAGGUGCCACCAAGCUGUCCUACUCCAGCCCCACGUUGCAGUCCACCUUAGCACAUGGAGUCCCCGGCAAGGUGUUGCAGACCUUGAAGUGCGGCCAGGCCAACAAGAAGACAGAGACCCAGAAGGACGUGAAGCCCACCGUGAAGCCGUACCGAUUGCCUACGAUAGAGAGACGAUAA